CUCCAGCUUUCUUCAUUUUCUGGUAACCCGGCCGCACCGCUAGAUUUAACGGUGCAGAGUUCUAGUCUACUCUGCUCUCAUCCUUAUAACAUUCGAACCCCCUGCAUUCUUAUUUGUUCGACACAAUCUCGAACCAAUUCGAUUCGAGGUGCGAAAGUCGCAGUACCAGCUGCCAGCCAUGCCUAAGGAUACCAGACGCAGUCCACCACGGACAUUUCUCCCACCAACAAAGCCGAUGAAGACGGAGCGAACGCACGAAGAAAAUCAAGAACGUGCUUAUGUCGCUGCGUCGAGGAGGAGCGACAGAAGUCUAGAAGCGAGAGUCGAGUCUGCUCACAGAGCUUCCGAGAUACACAAGAAACGAACGGGUCGCGGUUUCAAAAUCACGGUCGAAGGUGUUGCGAACGAGGAGAUGUACGAGGAAGAAGAUGAUUUGCCUCCGAAGUACCGAAACGUUACUCACCAUUUCCCCAUGGAUCGCAAUGGCGAAUUCAAUGAGAGAUUGGGUGCCUACCUAGCAAGCAACGUCGCUCUACGAACCCUCGUCGCACAGUCUAUGGAAGCUUCGGAGCAACACCCAUCUGGAUUUGCCGCCAACCAUUCGCAGAUACCGAAUCAAGGUCCAGCGCAAAUGCAAAUGCAUAUGCAACAGACCAACCACAACCAGAAUAUGUAUCAAGCUCAACAUGGGGCGAUGUACAGACAUCAACCAUAUCCUGCCGCCCGGCCAGUACGACCGCAAAGCUUCACUUCUGUGUCUCAUAAUCGGUCUGCAUCUUUCCAGGCUACAGAGCCGUUCAAACCUUCCGACCAUCGAAGGAUGUCGAUGCCAGCAGCUGUACCUUCAGCUGCGGGGUCCCCUAUGCAAGUUCCUACACCAAACUCCAUACACAGUGUCAACUCUACGCCACCUCAAAAGCCUGCCACGUUCUCUCGCCAAUCUUCCGGAUAUGGACAGCAACCGCCAACGCCUCAACAAUCACAAUUUCAACCACCGCCGCCACCAGCGUUCAGCACGGAUCCAUAUCAUCCCAAUUACUCUCCAUUCACAGCUCAAUUGCCAGCCAACGCUCAAGGUCUUCUAGGCUCCACACUUGAUCUCAACAACCCACAUCAUCAGCUGAUGAUGGCUGGAAGCGGUAACCUAGCUAGCAGUUAUUACGAUUUCGGUCCUCAGUCGCAAUCUCAACCACAACCAAAUUUCAAUACUUCUGUCGGGCAGCAAACUCACCCCACUCUAGAUGGUUUGUCAUCGACUCUCGCCCAAUCUGCAUUGGACAUGCAGUUUGAUGCAGAUAAUGGGCAGCCCCAAUCGUUCUUCAACGACGCCUAUACGGAGAAUCUCGUUGAAACCCCAGGAGAAACUCUGGAUUGGAAUAAGUAUCUGACAUCAGAUUACUUCGACUGCCCAGGUGGUUCGCAGAACUCUCAGCAGUAAGGCAGCUUCUUACCAAGAGAAACAUAUUUUCACCAGCGACACCAUAUCCUUGGUCGCUUGUCUCAUCCUACACUUAAUGGUUCGCUUGUACAAAACCCUAUACAUUUUCCACUCUUUCUUUCGGGUCGGGUUCGAGGCGUUGGUCAAUGUCACGCACACAUCGGAGUCUUUGGUCUGGAUUUCGGGUUUGGGAAUAUCCUAUGAGGGACACAUUAGAAAGGAGACAUUGCAUCGGGUGGGCGCAUCUUUUAGGGUGCA